UCGGUAAUGGAGGUAUAAAGACCGCUAGACACUGGGGACGUGAAUAGGGAAGCGCCACAACAAUGUUGCCAAACAUUUUCCUGCUCGCCAUUUCUGCAUUGGGUUCGGGCGUGAAGAGAGACGUUUCCAGAUCUGGAUCAUGUUCCCAUGGUGAUAUCCAAAGAGUAGAGAGAUGCUUAGAAGUUGUGUACUCCGUUUUGGACGAAUCGCCUAUAAUAUGCGGGGACGUGACACGUGCCAUAAACUGUGUGACUUCGACCAUCGAGCGAUGUCCUCACAUAGGCGGACCCCUGUUACUUGCAGAAAUUGACAAAAUCCGCCCUCACUUAAUGGAAGUCUGUGUUGAGACAAGUCCGGUGCCUGGAGAUGGAGAAACUCCGGUUGAGCCACAGGAUAGAGGGUCUCCUCAGAGAGUGGAAGGUUCGGGCGUGAAAAGAGAAGUUUCCAGAUCUGGACGGUGUUCCUCAAAUGAUACCAAGAGAUGCUUACACAGAAUGCACUCCUUUUUCGACGCAUCGACCAUAAUGUGCGGGGACGUGACACGUGCCAUAAAUUGUUUGACUUCGAUCAUCGAGCGAUGCUCUAACAUAGACGGAGGCACGUCUCUUGCAGACCUUAACAUAAUACGCCUUUACCUGAUGGGACUCUGCCCAAGGAGCAAGUGAUGGAAUUUCAUGAAGAGGUUCAAGGAAACGUUCAAGGACAUGUUCAAGGAAUUUAAAUAAAUGAUUUAAGUAAA